GCCUAACUCGCUAUAGGCUUGGUGAAAAUUCUAGUUCUUGGGCUUGUUUUGAAGAAGAAGAGUUUCUCUUUCAAAUGGCAUACUUUGGAGCUCGAGGGGAAAUCCAGAAGCUUGUGUUUCAGGUCAAUCAAGAUGCUAGUUCAACACUAGGAAAAUUGCCAGAUUUGGCUAAGUGUGGAGCCGUGUUCGAGAGGUACUUUGAGCUUCAACUCGAAGAGUUUGGCGAAGAGUCGAAGCAAGAGGAUUGCAUCACACAAAAGUGUGCAUUCCCUACUACAACGUCGUGGAAUUGGCUGAAGAAAAGGAAGCGUGGAAGUCUUCGACGAGCCCUCCCAAAGAUCUUCCGAAGACCAGGUUGCUACCUUUGGAAGAACCCUGAAUCCGAAUCCUGAUCGGAUUAGGAAUAGUCCACUGUUUUGAUUUGUUUACGUUUGCUUGUUGUUUUAGAUUCUUUCCUUGUUAGAAUGUGCUUAGGAUUCGUGUCACCUAAACUAGGUCUAUUUAAGCUUGCACUAUCGUUUUAAAAACCCAGUUUUGAGUUGCAAUUGAAAUAACCCUAGCCGGUUUACGAGCUUGAGUUUGAGAACAUCCUAGAACGAGUUCUAAGUUGUUUGGAUUGCUUGUAUCGAUCAGUCUCCACCCUGAUCGUGGCCAAGCCUCGCCUGUAAUCUUCGAGCCUCCUUCCCGCGUGAGGGUUGCAUGAGAUUUCCACCCAAUUCACACCAAAGAUCAUAUUGUUCGAGUUUUCUUCUUGGAGCAAGUUCUGAAUCCGCUAACUCUGAUCAUCAGAAAGCUACUUUUGGCCUAAUCAGAAAUCAAGUUAGAAAUGUUGG